UUGACUAUGACGACGCCAGCGCCGCCCGUCGUGCCACCGCUUUUACAGCUGGAUCCACAGCAACAAAAAUCGAUGAAGAACUUAAUACUCACCGUGGUCCAGGCGUUUUAUGAGCCUAAACACAUUAUCCUUAUGGACAUGCUCUUGAGGCAUUGCGUGUACGAUUAUCAACCAGUAUGGAGAAAUGUGGAUCUUUCAGAGUUUUUACACAAGCUGGAUCAAGGGGCCAACAAGCUAUCUCAAGGGGCCAACAAGCUAUCUCGGCAUAUCACUUCGGAGAGCAAAAAUCAAUUCAUGAAGGUUCCCCGCAGGCUUCCAAUCAACUGGUAUUGCAGGGACUGGAUGUCUAAUCUCAAGGACGAGGAAACUCUGCGACUGGCUAUGAAGCAUCCGAUCGAUUUCCCUAUGAGUGAUUUUGUUGCUUGA